AUGGCCGAGCGAGAUACAGAUGUAAAUCGUCCUCCUCCUCAUCUAGAAGGCUUUCUCUACAAACAAGAUCCUCCACAAGGAUUCAGAAUCGGAAAACUAGGCUGGAAAUAUCGAUAUUUCGUGGUCAUUAAAGAUCGAAUUUAUUAUUAUGGAAGUAAAGACAGUCAUGACAAGCAGCAUGAUCCUAAAGGUGUUAUCUUUUUACAGAAGGUGAGUGAGGUGUAUGAGACGACGUUCCAGAGUGUACCCAAGAAGAAGCAUGUAAAUUGUGGCUUUUCAAUUACAACUGAUGAAAGGACAUAUAAUUUGGUAGCUGAGACACAUGAAGAAAUGCGUCAGUGGGUAACAGGCCUGCUUUACAUCAAACAGUAUUGGCCUAAGCAGGAGAUUGCUCGCAACACUGUAAUUGACGAACAGAAAUAUGCAAGACUUGCAAUGGAGGAUGAGGAAAUGGAUGAUACCAUUGAGAGUUCGUAUUGUUUGUAUGGUGUUGAUGAGGAAUCUGAUAGUAGCCCUACAAUGAGAAAACGUGUAUCAACUGAUAGUUCUGGAAGUUUUCCUAUUAAUGUAUGGAUGAUUGGAGGCAAGAGGAAAGUUGUGAAUCUUUCAGUCAGGACAGGGACGGCUCAAGAUAUUAUUGAUAAACUGAGCACAGCACUUUCGUCGUCUGCAUGUAAUGUGUGGCAUGUAGACAAGGAAGGACAGGUGCAAGUGUUAUCAAAGUCUGAAAAUGUUGCAAUGCUACGCUCUUCCACACACUCUGUGUUUGCUGCCGAAUUACUCUAUCGAGUGCUCGUUGUCUUCUUCUCCGAGGGCAAAUUUGAACCACUUUUAGUGCCUUAUAAUAUCACUGCUCAGAAGGUUGUAGCACUCGAUGCUGUCCGUAUUCAGCUUGAUGCACUUGGUGUCAACAAUGCUGGUCUGUGUCUUUGUCAAGACACGAGCGACAGCAGUACAGAUCAAUACUUUUCACCUGAUGAUCCGCUGUGUGACGUCUUCUUUGGUAAAGACGAUCAAAAUCAAGUGUACGUCAAGCCUGGAACAGGCUACCUUUUCGCUAAGAACAAAACUCUUUUUACUGACCAGAAGAAGAGACCGAGAGUACGAACAUUCUCCAAUCGCGAUAAUGCGGGUGACAUCUUCAAGAAAGCAGCUGAAGAAAAGAAACGGCUGGAUGAGCGAUCUCGUCUUGAGGUUGAACGCACGGAACUGAUUCGUAAGGCUGAAGAGGAGAGAAAGCGGCAGAAAGAGAGAGAGCAGGAGAGAGCGAGAAGACAGGCAAGGGAGAAAGGAGAGAAUGAUGAGAAAUUGGUAAUGAUUGAGAAGUAUUAUGAUCAGUCGAAGAAGGAAGAUUCACCGCCUGAUAAACCACAUGAGCACGAAGACUACAAACAACGAAGAAAGAAUGUCACAAAACAUGACACAGACAAUCACUCAGCUGAUUCUUUUUCCACUGGGCAGACAAGCAGAGCAGUUGCAGAGACACUUGGCAGGCAUGGAAGCAAAAGUAGGAAGAGAGGCGACGUUGAGAGACCAGCAGUUGUGGUGGAAGAAGAGAAGGAAGAUGAGACACAGGAUGAACCUGAGGAGAGGAGGGAAGAAAUAGGGAAUGAAAAAAUUGAGGGAAACGUUGAUGUGAGAAUACAGGAGGAAAGUGGUGGAGAGGAGAGAGAUCAGCAGGCUGUGAUGGAGAAAACCGAAUCAGUGACAUCUGAGUCAUCAUCUACAAGUGAUGAGGAGAUAUCAGAAAACAAACAGAAACCAUUAUCUCAGAAUUCUCAAGAAGAAACAGCAGCAUCUGUGGAAGAACAGGCCAUGGAUCUUGCAGCAGCAGCAGCAUCUCGUAGACGCAGUAGUGGGUUUGCCAACAGACGGAGUUGUGCUGACGUUCUUAGUGAGGGACAAGUGAAGGCAAGUGAUUUGUUGCCAAAGACUGAAGAAGAAGAAAUCAAAGAAGGCAAUGCAUCAGAACCUGAAUUUGUGUUUGUGUCAAGUUCCAUGGCUAAACCUGUGCCUAAACCGAAACCGAAACCUAGAGUUAGAGAGAGAACUCCAGAUGAGAUGGCUGAGACAAAAGCGGCUGCAUUAGCUGCUAGACAAAGCGUGCAGAGACAGAAGUCCCCUCCUGUAGCAAUUGGGUCUGCUGAAGCUGCUGCAAGGUUGGCCACAGGUCAAGUUGUAGAAAAAGUGGAAAGUGAUAUUAUUCCUGCAAGACGAGGUCAGUUGGGAAAAGAAGAAAAGCAGCGGAGAUGGACUGGAAAGCGAACCAUUAGUAAGAAAGAGGACGUGAAAGAAGAGAAUACAGACAAUCCAGUUUCAGAGCCUGAGUCUCGAAGUGAUCUGUUUGGAGCCAGACUGUCUUCCAACCCUUCGGAUCCAGGCCGCAGUCGAAGUCACUCGAACUCACCUCCAAGCAUUCGUGGCUCAUGGAAAUCUCAAAUGGACGAAGACGACCGAGUCAUUUCUUUGAUCAAUCCUCCUCAAGUCACGCCAGAAACCAACACCAACACACUUGAGGAACUUGACAGGAAGGUGAAAGAGCUGGAGAAGAAGCAAAUGAAAACUUCACUAAAGCCACGUAAACCAACAGACAUUGAUGUGGCACGUCUUCUCAACAAACAAACUGGUGACAUUCCAGAUGGUCCAGUAGGUAGUGAGGUGGCAACAGGUAGCAGUACAUUAUCGUCAGCACCAACAACAGAUGCACCAAUAGAAGUGAAGUCGACGGCCUUUCUAAAAGUCGUUCUGAAACAGAGCACACAAUUGGAUGGCAGCAGUGCAAGCUUGUUGAGCAAACGGAUGGAUUUCAUCUCAUUAUCUGGUACACAGCUACGAAAUCACGGCGGUGUUUGGCAUCUGGAACCCGGAUCAGCGUUUCACAUAUCACAGCCGGACAUCAACAACUGUGAAGUCAUCACUAUUCCUCCUCAUAUUCGUGCAACAUUUAGCAACACAACUAGACAAUGGAACGUCAAAUCAACUCAACCCUUGCCUGUUAGGCAGUCACCAGUUUCAUCUCCUGUUCAUGAUGAACAACUUCCAGUGAGAGAUCAGAAGACUGUGGCUCAGUCGUCUGAGUCACAGAACACGAUAAAUACAGCAAUGCAGAUCAGACGGUCACAUGUUGUGACAAUAGAAGUUGAUCUAGUGCACAAGAGAGGAAUUGUUCAAGGUGUUGACUACGUUGUGAGUCAAGUAAUACAGCACUUUAGUUCAACACGAGAUGCUCAAGAGAAAGAGGUUCUAGGUGAUGACUCUAAAACAGAGGCUAUUGGACAUCUCGUUCGUGGACCAUUUUGUUCAGCUGUUGCUGCACUUAUCACAGAUGGCAUGAAGCGAUUUAGAAUGGGUGGACUGGUUAGGAACAAUUUGUGGCAUGUAGUUCAAGCAUCAGUUGCAAAAUCAGACAAUAAGCUGUUGGCAACGGCAAUUCGUGUUGUUGACGAUCUGAAACGGCAUCCACUAAUGUUUGAUGACAACAUGAGAUAUCGCACAUUCAUUUGUGCUUCUCUAAAUCAUUACUUCCUUGAAGCUUGGUUGAUAGAAAUGACAAUGAGAAACGAUUUUCUUUUCAAAUACUACGAACCAUACGCUUUGCUGCGGCUCUCAUCAGGUCCUGCAACUUCGAUCUUUAAUGAGCUACUAAUCAGCAUGCAACCACUCAUCGCACUACCAUUUCGUCUCUAUUCUGCAUUUGAGUCACAACAAGCGGCAAGAUAUCGACAGAGACAAGCACAGAUGAGUGAGAAUGUUAAACAAGAAGGAGAAAGUAAUGAGGAGAGACAGAGUGUGGUGAAUUUGUCGGAGCCUGUGGUUGCAUCCAAUAAUGUUGAGGCUCACAGUGAACCCGAUGGAUUAUCUUCUCCAUCUCGUGAGGCUCUCGUUGAGUCUCUAACUCACAUGCAACAGUCACAGGUACCCAACGAAACUGAUGACUUACCUCCAGAAAUGACCAUAGAAGAACAAGAUAAUAAGAAAUCAGGUCGGGUGUGGGGAGCUGUGGUAGCGUUCACAUCGAGUGUUAGUCAAGCUACAGUUGACAUGAAAGAAAGCAUUCAAUCAUAUCUAUCAAAGGCAAAAUCCUCAACAUCUCACACCUUACAUUCUAGAGAAGUACGUGCUGUAUACAAUAGCAACGUAGAUGGACAAGACGAGCUUCCGUUCUCACCAGGAGAUGUGCUCACUGUUCAAGAGCAGAUCAAUGAUGAUUGGCUAAUCUGUCGUCUAGGUGAUCGCACAGGCUUGGUACCUACUAACCACGUAGUUCCCGUAUGAUGAUGAUGAUGAGCAGCUGCAGAUGUUGUCCAUCAGUGUGUACAAAGAAUGGCAGGGAAGGUUUCUUAUUGAAAGUUUGUAGACUAUUUUCAUUGUGUUUGCGUGAAGUACACGAGUAUUGUUCACUGUGAUUUUGUAGUUUUUUUCGAACAUUUUAGUCAGACUUAGU